CCGGUGAAAGUUGUUGCACAGGUUUUAAUGUACCCUUUUUUCAUUGGUAACAACCCAACACAGUCUGAAAUAAAGCUGGCAAACUCUUACUUCUACGAUAAGCCCGUCUCUGUUCUCGCCUGGAAACUCUUCUUACCAGAGAAAGAGUUCGACUUUGACCACCCGGCAGCAAACCCACUUGCUCAUAACCGCAGUGGACCGCCUCUGAAGCUAAUGCCUCCAACGCUUACAGUAGUAGCUGAGCAUGACUGGAUGAGAGACCGAGCCAUUGCUUAUUCAGAAGAGCUUAGAAAGGUAAACGUAGAUUCUCCAGUUUUAGAAUACAAAGACGCAGUUCAUGAAUUUGCAACACUUGAUAUGCUUCUCAAGACUCCUCAGGCACAGGCCUGCGCCGAAGAUAUUGCCAUUUGGGUCAAAAAAUACAUUUCGAUCCGCGGCCAUGAGUUCUCUUACUGAAAU